ACAGUCCAUCUGUCUGACAGACAGACGCUCUCCGCUCUCGCGCAUUAUUUUGUGCGUGUGCGCAGGCUGCACGCGGUCACCCAGCUGUGACUGCAGUUGCUUGGCGCACGAGCUGGAGCUGGAGCUCGUGAAAGGAGCUCUAAGCGUGAGACCCUCUGCACCCCUUUUAUCAUAGAUUUCAUCAUAGAUACUCUUUAGAGUCGGCUGCUUUCCCGCAGACUAAAACAUUAUACUCGGCCAUUCAACAUUAAAUAUUUCCAAAGAAAAUGUCCAGACGAAAGGUCUCGGAGAGUCAGGGGAGCGAGGAGUCGGACACGGAGCUGCUGCUCGAGACGCUCUCGCAGGAGGAGGUGGAAGAGCUCGUGCGGGAGCUCGUUUACAUCGACCCAGACCCGAGUGUACCGGUGGGACUCCGCCAGCGGAACCAGACGGACAAACUACCGUCCAGAGGAUAUGACAGAGAGGCUAUGCUGGACUACUGUGAGCGGGAGACCAAGAAACUGAUCCGGAGAGAGCUGAGCGCAGAGGGAGGGGAUGGCAGAAGGAGAGAUCGACUCCGCCGGAUGAGGAGCAGAGAGUUUUCCAGGUCACAGAGUGGUGAUCCCCCCGACACAGAAAGCAGAAAUUCUGAGAGCGAAAAAGAUCAGGAGAGAGCAAGAAAAAGGGAGGAUGACUCUAAAAAUUUAUCUGAUGAAGACGAAAAAGGCAAAGAGAAGAAAAGGGAGGAGGAGAAGCGAGAAAGCGAGAAAACAGGUAACAAGACAGAAAGUGGAAAGGAGCUUUCUAGCAAAGAAAGAGGAAGCAGCCAUACUCUAGACCUCAUAUCUAAACUGCAAGAGAAAAAAGAUGAUAAGAAAGAAAGAGGGAGAAAUGAGGAGAAAAAAGUGAGUGAAAACUCCAAAAUACGAGGGUUUGUCUCCAAACUACAAGACACCGAAGACCUAAAAGUAAAAGACAAUAAGGCACAUGUCAAGAAACAAUAUGAAAGCCGAAAUAAAACCAUAGAAGAUCCAGAGAACAACAGAGCAGAAGGAAGAGUAAACCGUAAAGAUGUAGAAACAGAGGAAAAGAAAAGCAGAUCUAGAAAUAUAGAAGAGAGAAGCAGAAGAAGAGAUAGAGUAGAGGAGGAUGAGAAACAUCAUUCACAGAGAGAUACAACCAGAGGACAGAAAGAGAGGGAAAAGGAAGAAGUGAAACAAUCAGAAAACAACGAGGUGAAAAUAUCUACCAUUUCCAGCCAUAAAACCUCAUUGAACUCUUAUGGCACGGAUGACCGUUCUGUUACAGCUGAGGAGGAUGAGUCUUUUAGUGAAGAUGUGGACAGCGACACUGGCUCCAGCAUGUUUGAUGACCUUCUGGAGCAGGUUCGCAGCGAUGACCCUGAACUAACAGAGCUCAACGUCAAUAAUUCAGAUGCCAUUAAGAAUGACACCCUGAUACAGUUUGCAGAGGGUCUUCGCAGCAACACUCACAUCAAAACCUUCUGCCUUGCAAACACGAGAGCGGACGAUCAUGUUGCGUUUGCCAUCGCUGGAACCCUACGAGAUAAUUCCACCCUAACCAGCAUCAACCUCGACUCGAAUCAUUUGACAGGCAAAGGUAUCCUGGCCAUCAUCAACUCUCUUCAGCACAACAGCACGCUUAUGGAGCUGAGGUUUCAUAACCAGAGACACAUCUGCGGAGGGAAGACGGAAAUGGAGAUGGCCAAAGUCUUACGGGACAACUCUUCACUGCUGAAGCUGGGAUAUCACUUUGAGCUGGCCGGGCCCAGGAUGACCAUGACAAACAUCUUGAGCCGAAACAUGGACAGGAAGAGGCAGCAACGGCUAGAAGCGCAAAAACUCACCAGACAGGAGACUAAGUCCAGGCCACGUGAAGAUAAGAGCUCACCUGAGAAGAAUAAGCCAACAACAUCGUCCAUCAACACUCAUAAGAACGACUCUAAAUUUGCUGCCCUCUCAAAAUUCACUUCUGCUCGGGAAACUCCAAAAGCUCCUCCCACAAAGUCACCGACUAGACCCCUCCCAUCUGAGGUAACAGGGAAGAAAGAAGGGGCAACAGGAAGUCGACAAGCUCCUCCUCCACCCCCUCCUGGCCCAGCGUUAGAUGUUCAGGCCCUGAGGAGGUCGCUGACCCCGAUCUCUCAGAGGAAACCAGACGGCAGUGCAGCUGUCCGACAGACGGACAGCAGCUCCAGAGAUCAGCUACUGGACUCUAUCAGAAACUGCAGCAUGAACGCUCUCAAAAAGGUUGAGAUCCCUAAGCGGUUGAGAUAGCAUCUGUCCAGUGUAUGUGCUUCUACCUUCAGAUUCCCCUGCAGUCACUGAAUCACUCAAGAUGAGAUUCUUCCGUAACUGGCUUAGACGCUCCAAAAUACAGCCAGUUUGGAUUAUUUGAAAUCUAAACAUUUGAGGUGGGAGUGGGACACAGUGUGAUUUUUCCAGGACUGACAGCUAACCAGUCAACAUUCAAGCUGUGAGGAGCGUCUGUUGGGGUUUAAGUUUCCUCAGAGAAAUAUUUGUCAAAUAAAUCAGAUACAUUUUGACUAUUUGUUCUCGACUUUAACAUACUUUAUAAUAUUCUCACAACUGUCUUGAAGCAGUACUAAUCAUUAAUCUGUCUAGAAUGCAAUAAACCUCUUAAAGGGGUCAUAUGAUGUUGCUAAAAAUAACAUUAUUUUGUGUAUUUGGUGUAGUGAAUGUGUUUGUGUUUAUGCAAAUGUGUUUAUGUGUU